GGCACUGACAGCGCAAGAAAAUAGCACGCUGCAACUUACAAAAUGUGGUUCGCUGUCGUCGCAAUUUUCUUGGCUUUAGUGGCCUUUUUGUAUAGAUAUGUUGUGGGAAGUGGACCGAACCCUUUUGCGAUCGACACACGAGAGCCCCUGAAGCCCAUGGUGUUCGACCGAAAGCUGAAGAAUAAAGUCCUGAAACAAGGUUUCUUGGCCAGUAGGGUUCCUGAGGAUUUGGAUGCAGUAGUGGUUGGCAGUGGGAUUGGUGGACUGGCAAUUGCUGUCCUGUUGGCCAAAGUGGGCAAGAAAGUUCUGGUUCUGGAGCAACAUGACCGGGCUGGAGGAUGCUGUCACACCUUUAAGGAGCAAGGCUUUGAGUUUGAUGUUGGCAUCCACUAUAUUGGGGAACUGUCGAAUCACAAGCCGUUACGCUGUAUUAUUGACCAAAUGACCAAUGGGCAGCUGCAGUGGGAUCCGCUGGAAAACCCCUUUGACAAUGUGGUCAUUGGUCCACCUGAAAACCGGCGCAUAUACCAAAUCUACAGUGGCCGAAAACGCUACAUGGACGAACUAAAGAAGUGCUUCCCAGGAGAGGAAAAGGCCAUUGAUGAAUACGUGAGACUUUGCAAGGAAGUUGGACAAGGUGUAUGGGUUAUGGUCCUGCUGAAAUUUCUCCCGACCCCUAUUGCAAAUUUCCUGGUGCGCACGGGUCUGGCCAAUCGCUUGACUUCCUUCUCUCGAUAUGCGUCCCGCAGCCUAACGGAUGUGGUGAAUGAGCUUACACAGAAUAAGGACCUGAGAGCCGUGCUCUCCUACAUCUUUGGAACCUAUGGUAAAAUACCCAAAGAAGCAAGCUUUUCCAUGCACAGUUUGAUUGUCAACCACUAUAUGAAUGGUGCUUGGUACCCAAAGGGUGGUGCUACUGAGAUCGCCUACCACAUGAUCCCCAUUAUUGAGAAGGCAGGAGGUGCUGUGCUUGUUAGAGCACCUGUAAACCGCAUUCUCCUCAAUGAUGCUAAAGAGGCUAUUGGUGUGAGUGUUCUGAAAGGACAGGAGGAAGUGCAUGUACGAGCUCCCAUAGUGAUUUCAGAUGCUGGAAUCUUUAAUACUUAUGAAUAUCUCCUGCCCAAAGAUGUGCAGACUAUGCCUGCAAUUCAGAAACAGUUGAGUAUGCUGCAGCAUGGAGACAGUGGUCUCAGCAUUUUCAUUGGCCUGGAUGGGACAAAAGAGGAGUUGGGCUUAAAAGCAGACAAUUACUUUAUCUACCCUGAGAACAAUAUAGACGAGCUGUUGGAGGAUUAUAGGAGCGGAAACAGGGAAGAAUCUGCUAAAAAGAAUCCUCUGAUUUUUGUGGCCUCACCCUCUGCCAAAGACUCAACCUGGCCAGAAAGAACACCAGGUAAAUCCACCCUGACUGUUGUUAGUUUUGCUAACUAUGAAUGGUUUGAAGAAUGGAAAGAUGACAAAGUGAAGAACAGAAGCACAGAUUAUAAGCAGUUGAAGGAGUUGUUCAUCAAUUACAUAUUAGAGGCAGUGACUGAGAUCUAUCCGAAGAUCAAGGACAGGAUUGAAUAUGUGGAUGCAGGCACCCCAAUCACUAAUCAGCAUUACAUUGCCGCACCUAGGGGAGAGAUUUAUGGCGCUGAUCAUGGAAUUCCUCGCUUCAGUGCUGAACUGAAUGCCACCAUUAGAGCACAGACACCCAUUAAAAACCUCUACCUUACAGGUCAGGAUCUGAUGUUGUGUGGUUUUGCUGGAGCGUUGACAGGAGCUCUGACUUGCGGUUCUGUCAUCCUGAACCGGAAUCUACACCUAGAAGCCUUCAGUCUUGCCAAAAGAGUCCAAAAUGGCAACAACAAGAAGAAAACAUAAAGAUCAGUAUUACAUAAUCUUGAUAGUCAUUCAUAUCACGUAUGGCUCUCGAGAAGGAGAACAAAGGGAGAACCUGCAUUAUUUUUAAAGAAAUGAACCACUGCCUAGUGCCUACAGUAACAAUACACUGCAGAGCCUUACUGGUAUAACACACAACUCUAAUUUUUUAUCUACUUCUUAAAUCAAGGGAAAUACGUUAGUUGAUUCAAUAAAUGGACUUACUAAAAUAAUAGAAUUAUUUUUGUAAAUAAAAAAGUGUUGAUUAAAAAAUUCCAGUUUUCUUAAAUCCAACUAACUUUUUUAAAUGCAAUUGAAUAUUUUUAAGCAAGCAGAAGUAAUGCACUUGGUACUGUGUGUUUUUUGUUUUUAACUAACUGAGCAUGAACUAAAAUGGUGUCUUUUGAUUUGAAUUAUUGUGGCUCUACAGUGGUUCAUAUGUCUGUAUUCAGGGAAUUUCAUGCAGAUGUAAGAUGAAUGCAACUUCACAUUUACAUGUGUGCUUCCUUUUUAGGUUGCUGUGAUUUUUUUCAGACUUGUACACUAAAUGUGCUAAUUCAAUGGAUGCUUGUGCAUACCGAAUAAACAUUUUCACUUGAACA